AUGAUUGGACCUUCUGAUUAUAUCCGUAAAUCUCUGAUGAAGGGGUUCUUCAGCUUCUACACCAAGUGUGACUUCGCCACCAAUGUUCUUUGCCCUGUAUCAGGGACCACCGUCCCUCUCACUCAAUUCAAGCCCCAGAUAUCAUCAGAUUCAUCAUCAUCAUCUAAAGAGUUCAGAGUGGGACCACUCAACAUCCAAGAUCCUCUGGAUCUAUCACAUAAUGUUGCCAUGAACAUCAACGACAAGAUCGCUGGGAAGAUGCGAGAGGAGCUGCGCAAGGCCAGCCUGACCUGCAUCUCGCUGAGGUACAGGAAGCAAGGAGAGGAUCUGGAAACUGGAAGGAUUCCACGUUGGGGAUUCUUGAGUCUCCUGGAAGAGAGGGAUGGAGGCAGGAGGAAAGUAGAAGGUGGACUAUCUGUGGUCAUCCCCUUGAAGAUGAGCCAGGUAACUCCUGAGUUUGUGAAGCGAUAUGAGGAUGCAGGAGAGAUGAAACUUGCAUGGUGCCAGCAUGCUGAGAACUUUGCAAUGAGGCUAAUGGAAGAUGUGCUUGGGAUUUCAUGUUUUGAAGAGUCUCAGGAUGAUGAUAUCGUUGAGAUGGAAGAUGGUGUUCACUCACCACAACAACCAACAGAAAUCAGGGAGAGUACUGAAACACCUGGUAUGAACAGUGAUGCCAGCAGCAGUGGUACAACAAAAGACAAUGAGUUGAGAGAUGGAGAAACUGAUGAAGAUGUAGAACCUGCACGAAAGAGACAAAGGAUUGCUUCCAAUCUGGAUGACGACGAGCAUGAAAUGUCUAUGACCUCGAGUGGCAGCACUUGCAUGACCUCUCCAGCUGACCUUACAUCACCAACAUCCUCAACUUCUUCUGUGACAGACCAUGAGGGUAGCACAGUCAGCAAGGUCAUUUGCUGUAAAGCCACCCACGCUGUCUGGGUCGGCCGCCGAAAAUUACGACGCAAAAUCCAAAUGGAGAAGCCGUGGGGAGAUGCACCAAUUGAUGAACUUAGCAAGGAGAAACUUGUUACUCAAGAGAUUCUGAAGUCUAGUGCACCUCCUGCAACUGCCCUUGCAGAGUUUAAGAUAGAACUCAGAAGGAAGCUAGCAGCCGACUGCACAGCUGUCAUCGUUGCAUUUUGUACUCCACAAAAUGAUGUAAACGCAAGGAAUUUCGCACAUUUUUUCGAUGAGUUUGUUGCAAGAAUGCUCAGCCAUUUGAAGGUAUGA